AGAGGCGACGCUGGCCAAUGAGGGAGGAGGUGGGCGGGGCUUCGCGUUCUCCCGGCUGUGGUGGUGGUUGCCGGGUUGGGGUCGCGCGGGUGGCGGGUUUCACACCAUCCUCUUCGGCUCUUAGAAAGUCAUUACCUUUGUGACGCAGCAGCUGGCAGCCGUGCUAAUCUAAAGCAUUUCCAAGACUUUGGUUCAACUCCGUGAUGUCUUCCCCUGAAAUUGCUUCGCUGUCUUGGGGGCAGAUGAAGGUGAAAGGCUGCUCUACAACAUACAAGGACUGCAAAGUGUGGCCGGGAGGAAGUCGGACUUGGGAUUGGAGAGAAACUGGGACUAAUCAUUCUCCAGGAGUGCAGCCAGCUGACCUUGAAGAAGUUGUCAAGAAGGGUGUUAAAACUCUUGUCAUUGGCCGUGGCAUGAGCGAGGCUCUGCAGGUUCCUCCAUCUACUGUGGAUUAUCUUAAGAAAAAUGGGAUUGAUGUGUUGGUGUUGCAGACGGAGAAGGCAGUGUUAGAGUACAAUGCCCUGGCUGCUCAGGGUGUCAAAGUGGGGGGAGUCUUCCACUCAACGUGCUGAAGCACUGCCGCUCUGCAGCCUGCCCUGACCUCAGCCAAGCGCUGGGCAUGCCUUGGCUGCAUCAAAUUACACUCAGCACAGUGGGGAGGUGCGUGCCAAUGCAUUAAUGUGUGCUGCAAAGCUAAAAUGCAAGGGCAGCUUAUGAGUUCAGGGUUUAAACAGAGUGCUGUUAAUGAAAUCUUUAAACUGCAGAACGAUUUGCAUACGUUGCUUGGGAUUGAGCUAAUCUUCCUCUGAAGACUGUCUGCAUUCUGGUUACUUUUUGGCUAAAUUAAUGAACUCUGGUUAAUUUUUGGCUAAAUUAAGACACUAAGUUGUGAAUGCUUUGAUUAGGAAACGGUGCAGAAUUACAUUAUUAGCUACUGCAGCGUAGCCAUAAAAUAUCUGAUGAUGACAGUCAAGUGAUAAGUAUGAAGUGGCGUCGAAGGAUCACUUUAUAAAUGAGUUUAAUAAAGAAAUAAAACAUAAGGGAGACCCAGAGCAACAGCUCUGCCUCCUGCUGGUGAACUCACUCAGGGUAUAACCUAACACUCUGCUUUACGCAGGGCAUACAAAAAGCUGCCUAGAGGGAGUGAACAGAAGCUGUGCCUUAACCAUUUUUAUCAUUCAUUGAAAUUGAGUUGUGGAAUAUGUUUCUAUGUGAAAGUACCUGAUUAAAAUGAAAGUCCCUACCUGCUUAAAAUGAUCAGGAAGAUCUGACACAGAACUGCUUGUAGGAAACCAGUCUAGGUUGCUACUAGCAAGCUGGGGAUGGAGAUAGAAUUCUUACCCAGCAGUAGCUGCUGAUUUAAACGUGACAAGUGUGUUACACUGAAGAAAUUAAAAGUUCUUCCAGUUGCUGUUC